AUGGGCGAGGAGGCGCCGAACGGCGCGGAGGCGCCGAAGCGCGAGCGCAAGCACUCGAACGGCGGCGACGAGCGCGGCGACCGCAAGCGCGACAAGAAGCGGUCGCGGUCGCGGUCCCGCGACCGGAAGCGGCGGGAGCGGCGGUCGCGGUCGCGGAGCCGGGACCGGCGGCGCGAGCGGCGGUCGCGGAGCCGCGGGCGGCGGCGGUCGCGGUCGCGGAGCCGCGGCCGCCGCGGCGGCGGCCGGCGGUCGCGGACGCCCGAGCCGAGCUUCCGGCCCAACUACGGGCGGCCGGACCCCUACAGCGGGAACCGCGACGACUACCGGGGCCCGCCGCCCCGCGACGACCGGGGCCCGCCCCGCUACGACGACCGCGGCGGCCCGCCGCGCGACGACCGGGGCCCGCCGCGGCCGAUGAUCCAGCGCCAGCCGACGCGGAACACGCUCGGCGACGUCUGCCGCGACUUCAUGAACGGCCGCUGCGUGCGCGGCGACCAGUGCCGCUUCAGCCACAGCGGCAUCGACCCGUCGAGUGGCCUGGCCAUCGGCGAGGAUUUAGCCGUGCCCGCGGCGCUCGCGGUCUCCGGCGCGUCCUUGCCAGCGGGCGCGAAGAUCAUGGCGCCGUCGCAGGACGGCGACCGCAUGGCCCAGCUCUUCCGCGAGGCCGGCGUGACGACCAUCGCCGAGUACAACGCGCGCCAGAAGAGCCUGGGCUUUGGGAUGACGCGCGACGAGCGCCAGCGCGUCGCGCCCAAGCCCGCCACCCAAGAAGAGAUCGACGAGAUCCUGCCCAUCCUCGAGCCGCUGCCCGAGUCCUACCGCCAGGCCAUCCUCGCCAUCCCCGGCUGCCACGGCCACAUCGACACGCGCCACAUCAAGACGAUCCUCCGGCUGAACCCGAAGCACGCGAUGGCCGCGCUCCACGAGUUCCGCGAGGCCAUGGAGGACCCCAACUCCAACAUCCGGAACAAGGGCGGCUACAUGAUGGGCGUGCUCCGCAAGUACCUCCCCGGCGAGGCCGCGAGCGGCGUCACCUACGACGGCACGGCCGUGUCCGAGCUCGAGAAGUCGAUGAUGGACACGGAGACCUUCGCGGACCCCUGGAAGCAGGUCACGGAGAACGACGCCCAGGCCAAGGCCGCCGCCGCGGCCCAGGAGCGCGAGGAGCGCGAGCGCGUCGCCAACGAGGCCAAGCUCCGCAAGAGCCCGCCGCUGCCGUCGGACGCGCUCCACGUGAAGCGGUUCAUCAAGAAGAAGAUCAAGGAGGCCGUGCGCUGCAUGCCCAACGUGCGCGAGCUCCGCGCCUGGGAGAACGUCGUCGAGACGCCCGUGACCGAGGACGCGACGUGGCACGGCGCCGACGCGGCCAAGUUCGCCGCAAUGCCGCGGUCCGGCGGAUCCCGCGCGUACGCGGACGGCGACGCGCCGUUGGCCUUCAGCCAGCUCGUCGUGCCCCGGGGCUUAGGCGUGCUCGCGCGCGUCCUCGCGGACCCGCCCCACCCGUCGCUCCACGCCGACAAGCUCACGUGCGCGGCGCACGUCGUCUACCGCUACGACGCGCGGACGGCGCUCGUCCACGAGCGCGGCGCGGUCGCGGCGCCCUUCCUGCCGCCCCACGACCGCGCCUGCAUCGUCGCCUGGCGCCGCGCGCCGCCGGCCCUCGGCGCCGCCAAGGACGCCUGGCUGCGGCUCCGCUUCACGGUGACGUCCGCCUUGGUGCCCGAGCACGCGGCGUACGGCCGGUCCGCGGCCGUCGUCCACUGCUGGCUCCUCGAGCCCGUCGACGAGGGUUCCACGAAGGUGACGACCUGGGGCUGCGAGGAGCUGCCGCUCGACUCGCCGCCCUGGCUCCUCGCGGCGGCGACGGAGGGCGCCGCGCGCGCGGGCCCCGACUUCUCGAAGCGGCUCUCCAAGUACCUCCACCUCCACGCGGGCGCGGAGCUCGAGACGGACCUGCCCGCCGCCUGGCUCGCCGAGGAGAACGAGGCCAACGCCGCGCCGGAGGUCCCGGCGGCGGCCGCGCCCGCGGCGGAGGACGCGGCCAUGGCCGACGCGGGCGAGGUCGCGGAGUGA